AUGAUCCUAUUUAUGCAGAAAAAGCAUGCUAAAUCAUCUGUGCCUCAGUUCGGUGCGUGGGACCAAAAGACUAUGGGAGCUACCAACUAUUCAAUGGUGUUUACUCAAGCUCGUGCGAACAAAAAGCAGCAGAAAACUGACCUGACUGAAGUCAAGCGUAGCAGCAUUGGGACUGAAGAAGAACUUGUCAAAGCUAUUAAUCACAGGCAUGGACAUCCGCCUCAAGGUUAUCAUGCUCAACCCGCUCAUGGUCGUGCUCCUCCUGCUCAAGUUCAAGCUAAUGCUCAAGUUCAUGCGAAUGCUAAUGCUAAUGCUCAAGUUCAAGAAGAUCCUGUAGUCAUGGGGAAAAGAAGGAUUCUGACCUACAUUAAUUGCUGUAUUAGGCCUUGAUAUGAUAAGAACCAUACAAACAUAUCAACUCCUUCAUAUUCAAAACAAUGGCAUGCUAUAAU